UCCACAAAAAGCAUUCCCGAUCCGUUAUCACACCGUCGGCCACUUCUCUCACCUCAUCUUUCUCGAUCUCCUUUCCGAUUUACAGUUUGAGAGUUCAAUUGAAUUUCAGUUAACGUGAAAUCCAUAGGCAUAAAUAAUCGUAAUUGAUGUCAAAGAAAAUGUCUGCGUUUCUGCAUCAGAGACCUCUCUACUCCACCUCACCAGAAUCUUACGAUUUAUCCCCUAGAUCCCGCCAAGAUCACCAAAAAUCCUCCUCCGCCGCCGCCUUUCUCAGCCGCGGCCCAGCAUUGGUCAUCCUACUCCUCUCGCUGCUCAUAAUCGCUGGUGUAGUUUUUCCCUACGUACAGUCCCCCAAUUCCCUCAUUUUCUUCACUUCAAGGAGCUCCGAUUCCAAGUGGCGGAGCUACACGCUCUCCGAAGCGGCUGCCUACGUGGCGAAGAACAAUUCGCUGAUUGUCUGCGCCGUCAGCGAGGCCUAUUUGUCGUUCCUCAACAACUGGCUCAUCAGCAUCGCGCGGCAGAAGCAUCACGAUAAAGUUCUGGUGAUUGCUGAGGAUUACGCUACACUUUUCAAGGUCAAUGAGCGGUGGCCAGGACACGCAGUGCUGGUGCCUCCGGCGUUGGAGGCGGCGGCGGCUCAUAAGUUUGGAUCUCAGGGCUUCUUCAAUUUUACAGCACGAAGGCCCCAACAUCUCCUGCAAAUUCUGGAACUUGGCUAUAAUGUUAUGUACAAUGAUGUUGAUAUGGUUUGGUUGGCAGAUCCAUUUCCAUAUCUUGAGGGCAAGCAUGAUGUGUACUUCAUGGAUGAUAUGGCUUAUGUGAAACCUCUUAAUCAUUCUCAUGAUUUGCCGCCUCCAGGGAAAAAGGGUCGUACAUACAUCUGUAGCUGCCUGAUUUAUCUGCGCCCUACCGUUGGAGCAAAAUUACUUAUGAAUAAGUGGAUUGAAGAACUAAAGGACCAACCUUGGUCUAGGGCAAAAAAAGCUAACGACCAGCCUGCCUUUAAUUGGGCAUUGAAUAAAACUGCUGGGCAGGUGGAUGUGUACCUGCUGCCGCAAAAAGCAUUCCCCACAGGUGGUUUGUACUUCAGGAACAAGACAUGGGCACGUGAAACCGAAGGGAUGCAUGUAAUCAUUCACAAUAACUACAUAAUUGGUUUUGAGAAGAAGACCAAGCGAUUUCGUGACUAUGGUCUUUGGUUGGUGGACGAAUAUGCUACUGAGUCCCCACUUGGCAGAUUAUAGUGAGUCCGAUGAGCCUUUAUAAAUGAGCUUUUCACGUGGUACAACAUUUAGCAGAACCGAGCUUGCCUGUAUUAAUGGCUUGAACCCGCCAUUGCAAUAGAGAAGCAGAGGAUCUAAAAGAUUAUGGGGUCGAAGCUCGUAGAUGAAGUGUUUCCCUUGUGCUUUGUUGUGUGUUUUCAUCAGCAAUGCAUAGUGUAACCUUAGUUUUCUUGAUCAUUAACAAGAUGCAUUUAUCAGAUUUAUGAAGCAGCAUUACCAGCCUGCUAUAAUUUAAUUGUAGAUGUUUUAUAUUGGGCGCA